AUGAAGGCAGUCGAAGCCUUCGUAGAUGGCCUCAACAUUCUGUCUGUUGUCGUUCUCUACACGCUGCUAUGGCUCAUCACCCCGAAGAUGCCAAACCCUGACCCUUCAGGUCCAAAGACAAACAAGGUUUACGACGUACUCAUGCGGGUUUCAUACAUCAUUAUCUUCAUCUUUGGCUGGAUCUGGUGCAGCAAUGUCAUGGCCCAUGUCGACAAGCCGUACUUGGAUGAGGUUUUUCACAUCCCUCAAGCGCAAAAGUUCUGUCAGGGACGGUGGGAUGAGUGGGAUGACAAAAUCACCACGCCUCCCGGGCUAUACAUCCUUUCCAAGUACUACCUACAGGUGAUGAUGAGACCCGAGUGCUCCGUUCUUGACCUCCGCGGCGUCAACAUCAUCGCCGUCCUUGGCGUCGGCAUCCUUGCAACGCACUGUCGCCACCUCCUUGAGACCCGCCGCCCCGAUGGCCAGUCUCCGGCGCCGCCCGCCGUGCUUUCCUUCUACUCGAUCCACCUCGGUUGGAACGUCGCCCUUUUCCCUGUUCUCUUCUUCUUCUCGGGUCUGUAUUACACAGAUGUCGUCUCGACGUUAUCCGUGUUGGUGGCUUACUACCAUCACCUUUGCCGAGUGCGCGAGGAGAGGAGCUCGUUGUUAAGUGAUUGGUCGACCAUUGUCCUCGGUUGCUUCACCCUCAUCAUGAGACAGACGAACGUUUUCUGGGUCGUCGUAUACAUGGGCGGUCUAGAGGCCGUAGCGGCCGUCAAGGCUCUAUGCCCCCCGCCCGUACCGAAAGCUAACAUGACGACACUGGGGGAGUAUAUCAGAUUCUACACCUGGAGAUACUCUAUCGGUGAUGUCCAUGACCCGCCCCUCAACGCUGCAUGGCCAGAUGAUCUCUUCUUCUCUGCCCUAAGCAUCGGCAUCGCAGCGCUGGCGAACCCUCUCCGCAUCCUGAGGAAAGUCUACCCGCACAUCACCAUCAUGGCUCUCUUCGCCGGCUUCGUGUACUGGAACGGCGGCGUGGUAUUAGGUGACAAGUCUAACCAUGUCGCAACGCUUCAUCUAGCCCAGAUGCUCUACAUCUGGCCCCUCUUCGCCUUCUUCUCUUUUCCGCUCUUCCUCCCUUCCGCCAUUCGCGUUCUUCGUUUCGUCCGAGGUUUCGCCAGCGCACUCUUCAGAAAGGCCGCCCCCAAGCCUGUGGGAUCCGGCCCCUCGGUGCCGGACCGCAAGCAUCUGCUGACUAACUCUUCCCGGUCCGGUUCGUCUAAGAAGCAAAAGACCCAUCCCCAAGAGUCAACCAACCUAGCAGGGUUUCCAUUCACAGACUCUCUCGUAAGCUCGCCCAUUCUGAACGCUCUCCAAUUCCUCGUCCAAUCCAAGUUCUACAAUCUCGUCCUCACCCCUCUCCUUGCCCUCAUUACCCUAGCCGUCAUCCGCUUCAACACCAUCAUCCACCCGUUUACUCUGGCCGACAACAGGCACUACAUGUUUUACGUCUUCCGGUACACGAUCCGCCGCCCCGGCCUGUUCCGAUACUACCUCGUCGUCCCCUACACCGUCGCCCGCUGGCUUUGCUGGGACGCCCUUAGCGGCUGCGGCCAGGGCGGGUUCUUGUCAGGCCACACAGAAGACUGCUCGGGAAGAUACACUACCUUCCGCCCAGGCCCCUUUGAGAACAACCCAUUCAGCUCGACCCUCCGGGCGCGCGCGGAGAAGCCGCCUUUAACGGAGCCCGCAGAGGAAACCGAAGCCACCGCGCCCAGCGACGAGAAGGGAGGAAAGGGGCGUUACGACCCCUUGGCCAUCGUCACCCUUGCCGACCCGACCUCGCAGAGCACAGAGCCCCCCGCCACCUCCACCGCCAUUCUUCUCCUCCUUGCCACGACCCUGUCUCUGAUGACGGCGCCCCUCGUAGAGCCGCGUUACUUUAUCCUCCCCUGGGUCUUCUGGCGCAUUCUCGUCCCGGCGUGGAGACUCCACGAACACGCCGUCACGCACCCAGGCCUGACCAAGCUCGAGCAUCUCCCGGGGCUGGGUACCCUCGUUAGGUUCGGCAAGAACUUUGACGUCCGACUCAUACUGGAGACGCUGUGGUUCAUGCUGAUCAACGCAGUGACCAUGUACAUCUUCCUUGCUAAGCCGUACAUGUGGAGGUCUGAAGAUGGCAGAGUCUUGGAGAAUGGUAGGAUGCAACGCUUCAUGUGGUAA